GGCAGGGAGGAAGUACCGUAACUACCACAAGCGCCUUCGAGCUCCCCGAGCUGUUGCAUGCUGUGCUGGAUACGAAAAGGUAAGGUGCUACGUACUCCGUACGUGGGGAUUAGGUUGGAUGGCCUUGCGUCUUCAUUGUCCGACAAAAGGGACCUGCCCUUGGUACCUACCUUUGGUAGUACUAUCUCACACGGCCGGCCCGUCCGCCUCGGCUCCUUCUGCUGCUCCCAAGUCACUUCGUAGGGAGCUACCUAGGUAAGUAGUUGGUAGCCGACUUGGGUUUAUAUCACCUCGCCUCGCCUCGCCCUUUCUUGCCCCAACAUUUUCUUCUUUCCUUUCCUUCAUUCUUCCCAUCCCGUCACGAAGCGAGCCUUACUUAGCCAGAGCCUUUGCUGGUCAACCUCGUCGUACCUACAGCAGGCACCAACCCUCGACGCUUGCUCGACUCCCUUGACUACCUUACAUUAGCAGCAACAACAACAACAACAACAACAAGUAGCUUUACACAGUCGUUCCACCUCGCCCUCGGCAACCCACCGCACCCACGCCUCUCCACUGAAUCAUCGACGCUGCCCAAAAUCCUGGGAACCCGGCACCCGGUCCGAUCCAACGCGCCGACAACCAGGGGGAAAAGAAACUGGAGUUGUUACUGUGGACCGCGGAGAAAGCCGUCUCCUUCACUUGUCGCUGCCGCUGCCGCUGCCACUGCCACCAUCGCCUGCCGACUACUGCUCGCACUGCAUUGACCGACAAAAGCCCGACCAGGGAAACCUGUUCUGCGCUGCCUCACUCAUCACUGCCACGACCCAGGGCUCCAUCCGCUUCCCCACAUAUUUACGCAAGCUCUCUCGUCUCCCCUUUCUCCCCAUCUCCCAGGCAAAAGCCAGUCCAGCUGCUUGCUUGCUCGCUCGCAAACGCCGUUGGGUUUCCUGCCUGCAGCAUUAACUACCCUUCGUACCAUUUAAGAAGAGCCCGACCCGUCGACAGUUGACACUCGGACAUCGAAGUCAGCCUCCCUGUAUCGCUGCGACACCUCUACUCCGUGCAUCCUCACGACCACCUCGCGACUUACACACGACAACCGUUCUCCUGCCGCCUAUAACAGACUCAACGCUCACCGCCCACCACCCAGCACAGCCACAACACAUAUUCCGCGAGAUGCCGAGUCCUCAGGUCGCCGCUCCCAUCGCCAUGUCGUCGCAGAGGAAUAACCUCCGACUCAUGACGUCGCAAGAUCUCUACGCCAGCCUCAACGCCACGCUCGGCACCGUUCGCCCGUCGACACCCGUCCGCCACAUCAAGCAGGACGACUACACAGUCCCUGCGCCGCCCCCUCCCAGCCCCGUCAGCUUCCGAUCGUCUGAGCACUGGCACGCCCCGUCCCGCCGCUGAGCUGCGAGUCUGUCCACACUACGACAACAUAGCCGCAGAGUCUACUUGCAACCCCCCCCCCUUUUUUUUUUCGUACAGCUAGCGUUCAGACUCGCGGGCUCUUGUUUCAAACGUUGCCUCUCUAUUCUCUUUUGGCUCCUUGAUCUUUUUCCACGACACAACUCAUGGCGUUACGGCGGGGGCGGGCGGAAUCCAGACCACGGUUCAGACUGGGGAGGGCAUUAAUGGAGGGCCAGGUUGCCCAAGGGGGCCAAGAGCGAACAAGGUGACAAAAUCUGGGCAUUCACUGCACAUUGGGGGCGCUGGGACUAGGGAAACUUGGGACUGGGGAGUACAAAACCAGGAGAACUUUUUAGGCUUUGCUUUUGAAGUUUGACCACCUGCUACCUGCAAGGGAAUUGGGAUGUCUGUUUUUGUUUCUGUCCCUUUGUAUUACAGGACGCGCCAGAUGUGCGCAGCAACAGUGACUCGCGGGGCGAAUGAGAAGCAUAAAUGAUGAACCGAUGCGACGCGGGAGAGCCCGUUGUGUC